GUGUGUGUUUAGGGCCAUUUGGAGAUAACCUGCUGCUCUGGGAGAAGGGUGAGCAGUCAAAUACUUUCAGGCAAGAGCAACUUUCCGAGCUGAGGCCUCACUUCCACUUUCUAGGCUCCCAUGCCACCCCAAAACCUGGCUCAGCAGAGACUUUUGAUUAAAGGGGGAAAAGUUGUGAAUGAUGACUGCUCUGUGGUGGCUGAUGUGUACGUGGAAGAUGGAGUGGUGCAGCAGGUGGGACCGAACCUCAACCCUGAGCCACCCACUGGACUUGUCGUGCUGGAUGCAACCAACAUGCUGGUGAUCCCUGGGGGCAUCGAUACUCACACACACAUGCAGUUCCCUUUUAUGGGUAGCAGGUCAAAAGAUGACUUCUAUACAGGAACAAAGGCUGCUAUAGCAGGCGGAACCACAAUGAUUAUCGACUUUGCCAUCCCUCAGAAAGGCCAUUCUCUUAUUGAAGCCUUUGAUACAUGGAAAAGCUGGGCAGACCCUAAAGUCUGCUGUGAUUACUCACUGCACGUGGCAGUUACGUGGUGGAGCAACAAGGUGAAGGAAGAAAUGAAAAGCCUUGUUCAAACCAAAGGUGUCAACUCCUUCAAGAUGUUUAUGGCCUAUAAAGAUCUGUAUAUGGUCAAUGAUGAGGAGUUAUAUGCAGCUUUUUCCUGCUGUAAGGAACUUGGAGCCAUUGCUCAAGUCCAUGCAGAGAAUGGGGAGCUAAUUGCCCAGGGUGCAAAGAAGAUGCUGGCAAUGGGAAUAACUGGCCCUGAGGGGCACGAGCUCUGUCGUCCUGAAGAAGUGGAAGCUGAAGCUACGCAGAGAGCAAUUACCAUAGCAAAUGCUGUAAACUGUCCCCUUUUCGUCGUCCAUGUAAUGAGUAAAUCUGCGGCAAGAGUGAUAAGUAAUGCACGAAGAGAAGGAAAGGUGGUUUAUGGGGAGCCUAUUGCUGCUAGUCUUGGCACCGAUGGCACGAACUAUUGGAAUAAAGACUGGGCUCAUGCUGCAGCGUAUGUCAUGGGACCUCCACUGAGACCAGAUCCCUCUACUCCUGGUUUCCUCAUGAACUUACUGGCCAAUGAUGACCUAUCUGUGACAGGGACUGACAACUGCACCUUUGACAUAUGCCAGAAAGCUCUGGGGAAGGAUGACUUCACAAAAAUCCCUAAUGGAGUGAAUGGUGUGGAAGACAGGAUGUCAGUCAUAUGGGAAAAAGGGGUUUACAGUGGAAAAAUGGAUGAAAACAGAUUUGUAGCUGUUACCAGCACAAAUGCAGCAAAAAUCUUUAACCUUUACCCGAAGAAGGGGAGAAUUGCUGUGGGUUCUGAUGCUGACAUUGUAAUUUGGGAUCCCAAAGCUACAAGGACAAUAUCUGCAAAGACACAUCACCAGGCCAACAACUUCAAUAUAUUUGAAGGAAUGAUCUGCCAUGGAGUACCAGUUGCUACAAUUUCAAGAGGCAAAGUGGUUUAUAAAGGCGGAGCUUUCAAUGUCACAGUGGGAGAAGGCAAAUACGUCUCCCGUCCACCAUUCCCUCCAUAUGUCUACAAACGAGUCAGACAGCGGGAGCAGGUCUGUCAGCCUGUUCCUGUUAAGAGAGCACCAUAUACAGACGUGGUCUCAGGAACACCCAUCCCACCAAAAUAAUAAGGUCAUUCCCCAGUUUUGGCUCUUGCAGGAGCUCCUUGCUCAUCCAUGCUGGCCUCUUGCUGCCUUUGCUUGAUUUUGUUGGGAUGAACCGUUCUUGAGCUUUGAAGAGGUGAGUUCUGGAUAUCAACCAGCUCUCCUGAACCCUUCUCUGAAUGACCAUACCCCAGGGGACAAGGCCCAAUUUGCAUCCUGGUUUGGUGAUGCUAGAUGUGCCACAGCAGGGUUUAUAUGAGGUGUAAAACCCCCUUAGCAUACGUAGCAAUCUGCCUCCUCAACAAAUCUCACAUUUGACUGACUGACCAGAUGAUGAAAGCCUGUCUGGUUUUGCACAGGAAUCUGACCUCUCCAGGAUGGGUGUGACUUGUUAUACAUGUGCUGAUGGCACAGUUACAGUGAAUCCAAUGGCUUUUGCACCUACACUCCUAAAGGAAAGUUCAGAUAAUGAUUAGAAAAGUAACAAUUAGAAAGGUAACUGUUUGAAGCUGGCAGCCUCCAUCCUUUCGGAAAAGUGGUUUUCCACUGACACAAUCUGGAAACAUUUGGCUUAUGUCUGUCAUACAGGUUCUGAAUUUCUCUACUUUUUCCUAAUAUGAAACUGAACAAUAAUUUAAUUUUUAUUGCAUGGAAGAGUUCAAUAUUUUGACAUACAAUACAAAAUACUAUCAUCUGAAGUAUGACAGAAUCUGACCAGCAGUUUGACUUCAUUUCAGCUAAUUUCAUUGGUAGUUUACAUUUCACUGAAGUAAACCCAUGCCUCAAGCAUGCUGUUGACUACGUCUCCCUUCUCCUUCAUGGUUCAGCGCCAAGCAGAGGAACAUCCCAUGACACAAUGGGACCACCAGUCUGUCACAACAACACUGUCUAAGCUGAACCUGCAAUGGUUUGUACCAUAGAAUAUGUGGUCUGGCUGAAGAAGCUAGCUCAGAGGUUUAAUACGUCACAUAUGCAAAAGUGAGAAUAAGAAUCUGCCAAAGAUUGUGUGUCCUGUUCUAUUUGCUUGUAAUUUUAAGCAACACACUUAUUGCAUUGCUGACCUUAAUAACCUUGCUCUCUGGAAUUGCUUUUGGCUAGAUGAAUUUUGGGAGGAUGGGGAGAAAUAAGAAUGAAUUACUGUUAUUAUAAGCUCUAAGAGGAAGAAAUAGAAAAUGCUGACUAAGAAAAAAUUGACAGAAGAAAAAGCAUAUAUCAUAUUGUACUAACAGUCGAGCAUCCAUUUGAAAUCUUUUUGUCUUGAAAGUAUUGAAGGGUUAUAUGCUUUUGGGAAAUGUUUUAAGCCUGAUCUUGCAGGCUGUCGGAUUGGUCAGCUUUCCUGUGCCCGUAGAGCAUCACACAGGUCACACACUCCAGCAGUGGAAUCUCCAGCCAGUAUUCACAGACAAGACUCUGAGCCGUGUGAUCUGACUCUAAAGUUGGCCCUGUUUUGAGCAUGAAGUUAGUCUAGAUGGCGUCCAGACAUCCCUUCCAACCUAAUUACCUUAUGUUUCUGUACAAUGCUGCUGCUUCUGCCAGAAGAACCUUGAGAUUUCAGCAACAUGUUAUUAUUUUUUGUGUA